UGUAUGAGCCUUCCAUUAAUGGUGACGUUUCAGGAAACAGACCUAAGGAACUAACUUUAGACCCGUGCGUUAGUCCUCCUUCAUCCUCACCCAGAGAAUCCCCCAGGACACCUCUGCUAUUUUCUGAGGAUGAAGAACAAGCAAGAGAGGACAGAAAAAGCAUUACCAAGAAAGCAGCAGAUGCCGCAACUGAAAAUACUAUGGCAAGGUUGAAAGAAGGGCUCAUGGCUCAUUCUAGGCAGGGUCAUCAAAAGAUUGUGAAGAGUUUUUCAGAUGAACAAAUUGUUAAGAAAGCAAGAAGAGGACAGGAAGGUGAUCAGAAGGCAAGCCUUUUCAAAGAGGCUGUCCAGCAAGGACAUGAAGAUAGUGUUUUGAGUCCCCAGUCUAGGUCCAGAACUGUCAGCUUCAACAAAGAACUCAAUAUUGACGGGGUGAGUGGGGCUAGUACUUUGUCUCCUGACUUGGAGUCUGGGGAAGAGAAAAGAGCAAGUUCUCCCACUAGCCUCAAAGCAAGUCUUUCUCCAUUGGCAUUGCGUCGCCUGCGUCACAAAACGGAUCCUGAUUUUGCUUCUCUUCGUGCUGCUUUUGCUAGGAAGCAGGCGAGUCAGAUGCAAGCCAUGGAAAGUGCAAAAGAUGCCGACCAAGGAGAUGUAUUUGUCAAUCCACAGAGAAGGGGGAGCUCGUCGUCAUUGCACAGGGCGAGUGAUCGUGUGGCGGCUCUCAAAGCAGCCGAGGAAGCCCACCUACUGAGUUAUUUACAUAGUGACUUGGACAAGAGGAAGCGGAGACGGAUGAAAUCUAGCUCCUCAGGUGAACACAUCUCAUCUGUCGAUGAAGAAAGCAUCACCGACUCCAUAGCAUCUCAUGGCAGGGUGGAAGAUGGACAACCAAGUGAGAGUUCUUUCUCCCAGUCCAGACUUGCUUGGGAGUCAUUAACACCACGCCAGCGAAGACGACGAGAGAAACUGGCUAGCACCCGAAGCCAAGGAGCACACAGUGAGAGUUCGCUGUCAGGUCUACCACCACCCUCUCCCAGAAAUGACAGUCCAACACAUCACUGUCAUCAGGGAAGUAGGCCGUCAACACAGGAUCGUUUAGAAGCAGCUGCAACACCGAGCAGUUCCAAUUCAGCCUCUCACAGCCAUGCUAAGACUCCCUCCUCAUCCAGAAACCACAACUCCAGAAGCCAUGAAUCAGAUGUCAAGGAAGCUGGCAAAGAUUCAGCUGGUCAGCAUCACAUGGACAAACAUAGGAGUCACCAGGAAGAACGUACCUCCCGCCAUAGAGACAGACAAAAGAGACACGUCCGUCCGUCCCCACGUGAUACUGAUGGUGCUGUGACAACAACAUCUGUAUCACUCCCGGAAGAUGUGUCACCCGUCGUAACUCCACGUGACACUCCUCGUGAUGCUCCCCCUGACACACUCAGUGAUAAACCUGCUUUUGUCAUCAGCAAGACAGCCAGGAAGGGCUUGAUAGAAGACAGUCAAUCAUCUUCAGGUACUGGCAGCUCUCAAGGGAAUAUGCAGCCUAAACCACCAGUCAAGCCCCCAGAGAAAGCUGUUUUUGCUGGAAGACGAAGACGUUAUCGAGUUGUGCCAUCAGAUGCUGCUUCUUUACCUGACACUGGAGAUGAGAAAGACCCUUUUGACAAUGCCCAAUAGGUGUCUUGUCAUCACUCCUAAGUUGCAGUGCAUCAAAUUUUGUCGAGCCAAAAAGAAGGAAGUAUUAAUUAACUCAGAUACUGCGUUGUACCAGUAUUUGCUUUUUCUUAGUCAUCAAAGCAAAAAACCUGAGUUUUUCUGGCAUCGAACUUAGACAAAUUUCUUUUCUUUAUCUGGCCCGUACAAUCAGCUACAACCCCAUAAAAGCUUAUUGUAAAAUAUACAGGCAGAAAUGUACUUACUGUUGCCUCAUCUACUGAUUGUGUGCUAUGCUGAGAAACAGACUACCGAAAAUCAACCUCGUGCUAAAUAUGACAUAGAUUUUAAAAAAGAAAAAAAAAGAGUUUAACAGGAAAUUGUAAAAAAAUUGAAGGGCAGAUACUUUUGAGAUGCCGGAGGGAGAUAUUUAGUUGGGACAGCCAACUGUGACUUUGGUCUGAUGUGAAAA